UGCAGAUCAGCGUCCCCCAACCACACCUGUAUUAAGUCAAAGACGUGGGAUCCCAUGGUCAUCUUCUUCACCAGUGGGACCACGGGGCUCCCCAAGAUGGCAAAGCACAGCCACGGACUGGCCUUAAAGUCCUGCCUCUCCUCCAGCAGGAAAGUAUUGCAGCUGAAGACCUCGGACGUCUUGUGGUGCAUGUCGGACCCAGGCUGGAUUCUGGCUCUUGUGGGGUGCCUGCUUGAACCGUGGACAGCAGGAUCCACGCUGUUCGUCCACCACCUGGCCCAGCUGGACCCCAAGGUCAUUGUACAGGUGUUGUUCAAAUACCCCAUCACCCAAUUCCUGGCUGCACCAGGUGUAUUCCGAAUGAUUCUACAGGAGAAAUUCGCCAACCUCAGGUUCCCCACCCUGGAGCACUGCAGCACUGGCGGGGAGGCCCUGCUGCCCGAGGAGCAUGAGCAGUGGAGACGACACACGGGCCUCCUGCUCCACGAGCUCUAUGGACAGUCGGAGACGGUGGGUGCCCGGGCCGCGCGGGCCCCUGGACGGGUUGGGCUGGUCCUACUGCGCGCUGUGCUCAGCCCCACUGUGUGGCCCUCACUGCUCAGAGCCAACAGGAGGCUCCAGGGCUCCUAGCUCAUUUGCCUCCAGUGGAUUGACAGAAAGAGAACUCACAGCUGAAAACCCACCAGGACACCAACACCUGAGGAGGGACGGGCACGGUGUCAAAAAGG